CUCUCUCUCUCUCUCUGACUCACCAAACAAAACAACACAGCACAAAACAUACUUCUCUCUCUAUAGACUCUAUCUGCAUCUGACUCCCGACACUGUUUCAGAACCCGACAAAAGCAAAGCAACCUCUGCCUCCUCCCUUCGCAGUUCUCACCUCUCACUCUCUCCUGCCCAGUGGCUCUUCCCGUAAUAAAGCCCAAAACUUUUCCUCUUUCUGAAACCACACACACUUCCACCACUUCCAUUUAUUCUUCCUCGCAAAUGGAAACCCACCAGAGAGAAUGAUAUCACAGUUCCACACGCUUAACCUCUUCAUCUUCAACACUUCUUCACCUUAACUCAUCUUUCAGUCUCUUCUUUUCCUCCGAGCGAUACCACACACACACACACACACGCAAUCUGUCUAAUGGAGAAGAUGCUGGUUCUCUACAAGCUCGAAGCUCGUGGCAUAAUUUAGACACUUUUCUUUGAGUCUUUCUUUUCUCUAUCUGGUUUACUUUCCCUUAUUUUUUCUUGUCUAUCUACAACUUCUUCUGCUGGAGGAUGGCAUGUCGGGAACUUGUCGUUGGGAACUUGGAUCCGCAGAGAAAGAGAAGUGGGGGGUUGAGGACGAAACAGGCCGGGAGAGGAUCGUGCCGUGGUAGUUAGGACCCGGAAUAUAAACUCGCCGGAAAAUGCGUGCUUUCCGGCUUUGAUAAUUGCCCUUUUGUGUUUUUCUGUUCGUGCAUGCUGUUGUUCCUCCAUUAGGUCGGAGAAAAGAAAAAAGCAAGAAAAUUGUCGCGUGCUUUGAUAUGGGGUUUUUGUUGAAAGAAGCUUUGAGGACUCUCUGCGGUCGGAAUCAAUGGUCUUACGCUGUGUUCUGGAAGAUCGGUUGCCACAAUUCUAAGUUAUUAAUCUGGGAAGAAUGCUACUAUGAACCUUUGCCAUGCCCUCCACCCACGUUUGGGAUGGGAGAUUUGCCUUACCAGAAUGGGGGAGGACACUGGUUUUCUUCAGGUUCUCAGCCAUCUCAACUUGGGAUUCAAGAGGAGGACCGAGUCAAUUCAUUGAUUAACAAAAUGACUGUAAACAAUUCAGUUAUCAUUGCAGGUGAAGGUACGAUUGGACGGGCUGCAUUUACAGGCAGCCAUCAGUGGAUUCUUUUGAACAGUUUCACAAAAGAUGUAUAUCCACAAGAGUUAUACCCUGAAGUGCAUCACCAAUUUUCAGCUGGAAUACAGACAGUAGCAGUUAUUCCUGUACUUCCUCACGGGGUUUGUCAAUUUGGUUCUUUCUUACCCAUAAAUGAGAAUAUGGGAUUUGUGAAUGAUGUGAAGAGCUUGAUCUUGCAAUUAGGAUGUGUUCCUGGUGCCCUUCUAUCUGAAGACUAUUCGGCAAAUCUCUCUAUUGAACGAUUUGCUGGACCUUCCAUUACUGGUGUGCCAGUGUCUAUCAAUCCACCUGUCAUUACGUCAAAUUGCACUCUCUCAGUAGCUAAUGCCUCCAAUCAGAAAAGUAAUUCAUUUCAUACUUCAAGGCCUUUUGUUCAAACACCUUGCCAUUUAAAUGCGGAGACAAGUGCAUGCCAGGGUUCUGCACUGACACUGGAAACCUGUAAACUGAACCAGAUACCCAGCAACCAUUACCAACCAAAUGUUAUUCCAAUGAGUGAAACACACUUUUCUGGCCAACAACGGAAUGGAGCUAUGGAGGCUGAAGUGAUAAUCUCAGAUGUUGAUUCAUGUCAGCAGCAACAUUCUGUUUCACAUAAUGCUAGAUCUACAUUCGAUAACUUGACUGGUUCUGGGUCUUUUGGUCAAUCUGGUCAAAGUGAGGAUCAUCUAACAUUAAUGGAGCAACAAAUUAUAUCAGCAAUUGGGAAUCGAGAUAAUGUUAAUCCUUGUUUUAAUGUGUCAAGUACCUUAAACAUGCUUCAUCUACACACAGAUGGAGGCUACAUACUUGGCCACAGUACGAGUUCUAGCAGUGCUCCCCCACUAGGAGGAAUCCCAAUACACGGUGGUAUGAGUACUCUUUUGAGGUCAAAUCUAAUUACUAGUCCUGGUUCACAAUCUCCCAAAGCAUCCACAGCUGAUUUAUCCAGAGAAGUUGGGAUUGGACUUCAAAAUUCUGAUUCUUCAACUAAACCAAGAGGUUGUUCUUCUGCUAUUUCGAGUAAUCAAUGCAGCACAUUUCACAUGCAUGUAGAAGGUUCUAAUCACAAGAUGCUCCCUGUAGAUUUAAAGUGUGUUUCAACUAAUCAAAAGAUAGACUAUGAUUUGCAUCAGGCCCGUAACCUCCCCACUUUUCAUGUUGAGCAACGUGUGCCCAUUAGUGGUCAAAUCCCUGGUCUGGCCCAUGAUUGUCUUAGCAAAGAUGAUAGUAUUCAAUCUAUGAUGGCAAUGAAUCCUAAACUCAAACUAGAUUGUACUAAACCUCCAUCAGGUGAUGACCUGUUUGAUGUUUUAGGGGUAGAUUUGAAAAACAAAUUACUGAAUGGAAAUUGGAAUAAACACUUUGCAGACGAAUUGGAUGCAAAUACAGAAAAUAUUGACAAAAAGUUGGAACCUAUGAAUAUGCCGGGCACAACUACAAAUCCUGAUAUAUAUUCAGUUAAAGAAGCAAUAUCAGACAGUGGCAUAUUUUCUGGGACGGGAACAGACCACCUCUUGGAUGCAGUGGUCUCCAAAGCCAAAUCUGUUGUAAAACAGGAUUCUGAUGACAUGUCUUGCAGGACAACAUUGACAAGGAACAGUACUUCCUCUGUUCCCUCUCCUUCCCGCAGACCGGUUAUGUCUGGUAAUUUCCAAGGGGGAUUAUUUGAUUUUCCUAAGAAUGGUGGUAAAACAGGUGCCACAGAAGCUAGUUUUCUUAGGUCCAGAGGUAACAAGGAAGAUGCCGGAAACUGUUCUCAAACUAGUUCUACUUAUGGCUCACAACUUAGUUCAUGGGUUGAGAACAGUGGGAGUGUUAAACGUGAGAAUAGUGUUUCUACUGGAUACUCAAAGCGGACAGAUGAGGCUUGCAAACCCAAUCGUAAGAGGCUUAAACCAGGAGAGAAUCCCAGACCUCGCCCCAAAGAUCGCCAAAUGAUUCAAGAUCGAGUGAAAGAACUAAGAGAAAUUGUGCCAAACGGAGCAAAAUGUAGCAUAGAUGCACUUUUGGAACGGACAAUUAAGCACAUGCUUUUCUUGCAAAGUGUGACAAAGCAUGCUGACAAGCUAAAACAAACGGGCGAGUCUAAGAUUAUUAAUAAGGAAGGUGGGUUGCUUUUGAAAGACAACUUCGAGGGAGGAGCUACAUGGGCAUAUGAAGUUGGCUCGCAAUCAAUGGUUUGUCCUAUUGUAGUUGAGGAUCUGAACCCUCCUCGUCAAAUGCUAGUGGAGAUGCUUUGUGAGAAAAGAGGUUUCUUUUUGGAAAUAGCGGACUUAAUCAGAGGAUUGGGUUUAACCAUAUUGAAAGGGGUAAUGGAAGCUCACAAUGACAAAAUCUGGGCACGCUUUGCUGUUGAGGCUAACAGGGAUGUAACAAGGAUGGAAAUAUUCAUGUCACUGGUUCGUCUUUUGGAGCAAACGGUGAAGGUAAAAGCAUCUUCAUCCAAUGCAAUUGAUAACAUGGUGUAUCACACUUUUCCACAGGCUGCACAGAUCCCAGCAACUGGAAGGCCUAGUAGCUUGCAAUGAACCCACCUGUUUCAUCUUUUCUUAGUGUGGAUGUGUUGAGAGCAAGCACAGAAUGCGCUUGCAGUGACUGACAUCAAAUCCAAUCUAAGUUUUCAGGUGGACUUAACUUUGCCUAACUGUUUUACAUCUCAUAUCUGAACUCAUUUUGAAAAAGAGUGUCUAGGUACUAGGUAGUGGAAAACAUGUCUAUUCCUAUGUUGUAACACAAUGUUUUCUUUCUGUGUUGGCAUUGUCUACUGAUACACACUGAACUCUUAGAUGACUUGCAUCAAUUUUCUUUAAUUGUGUGGGGUUAAUACCGAAGCAGUUGUUCUUGUGAUUCAGAUAAGAUGUAUAGAUAUUCUACGAUAUGGAAAGAAGGGUCUGUCUUAUGUGCUCGUUAGCUUGCUACACAGUUUCUUGUUUACCCUUUUGAAGGUUUUGUAACAUGUUUAUAAGUUAUAACUAUGUAUACUGUGUGAAUUUUAAAUGAAUCAUGUUAUAUGCCAUGAGUUUUACUUGUGGUUUAUA